AUGGAACUUCCUUCCGAAAUACUUGACCAGGUCCUUGAUGGGUUGAUGGUCUACCAGCCAUUGGCAAAAGUCCGAGGCGUCUACUCUCUAGGCGACUGGAAGUUUUUCACGUCACACUCAGCGCGGCUUCCUGUUAAUACGCGACACGGUUCCGGCUCCUUGCAGAAGUUAAACCAGGGCGAACUGCCCCCCAUCGGAGGCGGCUUCUGGAACUUGCGCUUGGUCUCGCGCCAAUGGAACUCCUCCGUAAUCAGAAUGCUGCAGAAGCACGAAUGGUGGAGCGUACCCUUUGAUGAUCGGAAUCGUCUCGAGAAACUCAUCCGAAUCUGCGACGGGCCUGAUGGCGGUCCAUGUAGUUGGAUCAGAAGUCUCAGCCUCCACGAUCUCGAUGGACUACGAACUUUCUCGCGGUUGUACUCGUACGACUUUGAGAUGUUCGAAGGUCAGGAUGUCGAUGACGACUACAUCAUCUUGAACUCCUAUGUCGACAAACUUAGAACGACAGAUUGGUGGACCUCGGACCCGACACGCUCUAGGCACGAGCUCCAUUACGGGAAGAACAAUGAACACGCGCUUCUUCGACGCUUUUUUAACACUGUCAAGCACAUAGAGCGCUUCAGUGUUGACUUCCCUGCGGCACACAGCAAACACGAUCUCAUGGCAAAUUUGGACCUCAGCUUUGCGGUGCCUUCGACGUGGCAUAUUGGACAAUUGGCUGGCGGCCUCUCUCAAGAUGCUCGGGAUCGCCUUAGGAAGCUACGCUUGGUUAUCGUCGACGAGACUGGACCGAGCGGAAGCGCACAAUACACCAAGAUAGAGGAGGAAAAUAACGACGGCGAUAGAACGACUAUCCUGGGAUCGGUUGCGCCGAGUAAUGUGCAGGCAACCUAUCCCAACAGAGAACAUCAGGACGCACUCUGGGUCUUGGUGGCAUCUUGCCCCAAACUUGAGGCACUCGGCAUCGAGGCGACGCAUUAUCUCAACUUGGACGUUCAGCAGUGGGACAAUCCCCGAUUCAAAUCCAAAUAUCUGCGCGACCUCUCGCUCCGCCGGAUAUGGACAAACAUACCGUCGCUUCUACAACUAUUGUCGGCGGUUCCGUUAUCGUCACAGGAUUCGGCGAUCCGCCGGGUCAACUUUGACGACGUCAAGAUCCACUGGGAUGGGGGCAAUUGGGAAGACGUAUUUGCGCACCUGAGGACGAACUGCCCUGAUCUUGAGCUCUUUCGCGCGGAACAGCUCAGCUACUUUUCCAACCAUCCGCGUUACGAGCACAACAACAGGCAGUGGGAGAACUAUAAUUCUAUUUGGACGGACGACUACGAUGAGGACGCUAACGAUAGGCUGUUCUUGCAAAUGCUCGAUAUGAAGCUUAUCAAGAAGGCUGGGUCGCGGGAGGAUUAUCCUGUUUCGGUGUAUGAUUACGAUUCUGAGAUGGAGGAAGAAAAGCCAUAG